CCGAAGUAGUGUAUCGUGACCGUGGGGCCUUUGCGGACUUCGGCGCGGUCUGCACCGGCGGCUCUCAGCACCUGGCGGGAAAAAGCCGACCUCCGGUAUGCGCUCCAGUGCCAGAGAAUAACAGAGGAUCAACAUGUUGUCCAACUUGAGGAAAUUUGUAGUCAGUCAUAAGAAAAUACCCAUCCUGCAUGUUAAUAAUAUGUGUUGCUCUAAAAUGAGAGCAAGUUUACAAAGACUAAAGUCACAUGUGUCUCUUGGAAGAAACUACAGUUCUCUACCAGGUUUGAUAGGAAAUGAUAUCAAAUCCCUUCAUUCUGUCAUCAAUCCUCCCAUAGCUAAAAUCCGAAAUAUUGGAAUUAUGGCUCAUAUUGAUGCAGGCAAAACUACCACCACAGAAAGAAUAUUGUACUAUUCUGGAUACACAAGAUCGCUGGGAGAUGUUGAUGAUGGAGAUACAGUGACAGAUUUCAUGGCUCAAGAGCGAGAAAGAGGCAUUACUAUUCAGUCUGCUGCUGUUACGUUUGAUUGGAAGGGAUAUAGAGUCAAUUUAAUUGAUACGCCAGGUCAUGUAGACUUUACCUUGGAGGUUGAGCGCUGCCUUAGAGUGUUGGAUGGUGCAGUAGCUGUGUUUGAUGCCUCUGCUGGUGUAGAGGCCCAGACUCUCACAGUAUGGAGGCAAGCUGAUAAACACAAGAUACCUCGAAUCUGUUUUUUAAACAAAAUGGACAAAACUGGAGCAAGUUUUAAAUAUGCGGUUGAAAGCAUCAGAGAGAAGUUGAAGGCAAAGCCAUUACUUUUGCAGUUACCACUUGGUGAAGGCAAAGCUUUCAAAGGAGUUGUGGAUGUAGUAAAUAAAGAAAAACUUCUUUGGAAUCCUAAUUCAGAUGAUGGAAAAGACUUUGUGAGGAAUCCCCUUUUGGAAAUGAGUGAUCCUGAGUUGCUUAAGGAGACAACUGAAGCAAGGAAUGCCUUAAUUGAGCAGGUUGCAGAUUUGGAUGAUGAAUUUGCUGACUUGGUUUUAGGAGAAUUUAGUGAAAAUUUUGAUUUGCUACCAGCUGAAAAGCUCCAGACUGCAAUUCGCAGAGUAACACUGGCUCAGACAGCAGUGCCUGUGCUUUGUGGAAGUGCCCUGAAAAACAAAGGUGUCCAGCCCUUGUUGGAUGCUGUUACUGUGUACUUGCCUUCACCUGAAGAGCGCAACUAUGAAUUUCUGCCAUGGUAUAAGGGUGACUUAUGUGCACUGGCAUUUAAAGUUCUUCAUGACAAGCAGCGAGGACCGCUGGUGUUUAUGCGCAUUUACUCAGGCAUGAUAAAACCCCAAUUGGCCAUCUAUAAUAUUAAUGGAAACUGCACGGAGAGAAUAAGUCGUCUUCUUUUGCCAUUUGCUGACCAACAUAUAGAAAUCCCUUCACUGACUGCUGGUAACAUUGCUUUGACUGUUGGCCUUAAACACACCGCCACAGGAGACACCAUUGCCUCAUCCAAGUCCAGUGCGUUAGCUGCGGCUCGUCGAGCCGAAACAGAAGGAGGAAAAAAACAUAGACGGAACAAUGAAGCCGAAAGACUUCUUCUGGCUGGGGUGGAAAUUCCAGAACCUGUUUUCUUCUGUACCAUAGAACCCCCUUCGGUGGCUAAGCAGCCAGAUUUGGAUUAUGCAUUGAAAUGCCUUCAACGUGAAGAUCCCAGUUUGAAAGUGAAGCUAGAUGCUGAUUCUGGACAGACUGUCUUAUGUGGUAUGGGGGAGUUACAUAUUGAGAUUAUUCAUGACCGAAUCAAGAGAGAAUAUGGAUUGGAAACCUAUCUAGGGCCUCUCCAGGUGGCAUACCGAGAGACCAUUCUAAAUGCAGUUUGUGCCACAGAUACCUUAGAUAGAACAUUAGGAGACAAACGGCAUCUUGUGACUGUAGAACUGGAAGUAAAACCAGUUGAAACAGCCUCUGUUAUGCCAGUUAUCGAGUAUGCUGGAAGUGUUAGUGAAGACCUUCCGACGGCUUCCCAAGAGGCCAUUGAAAAUGGGAUUCACAGUGCAUGCCUCCAAGGACCACUGCUUGGAUCCCCAGUCCAAGAUGUGGCAGUUGCUGUACAUUCACUGAUAAUUCAUCCUGGUACCUCCACAACUAUGAUUUCUGCCUGUGUCUCCAGAUGCAUACAAAAGGCGCUGAAGAAGGCUGAUAAGCAAGUUUUAGAGCCCCUGAUGAAGCUCGAGGUUACAGUCACUAGAGAUUACCUCAGCCUUGUCCUGGCAGAUCUGGCACAAAGAAGAGGGACCAUUCAGGAAAUCCAGACUCGUCAGGAAAACAAAAUUAUUACUGGAUUUGUUCCCCUAGCAGAAAUUAUGGGUUAUUCAACUGUGCUUCGAACGCUAACAUCAGGCUCAGCUACUUUUGCCUUAGAACUAUCUAAUUAUGAAGCCAUGAAUCCUCAAGACCAAACUGUACUGCUCGGCCGGCGAAGUGGCUUGACCCAAGUACUUUGAGACUCCGGAGCCCCUAUCAACUGCAGUUUCAGUAAGAAGAAUUUUUAUUGCUUUACUGAACUAACUAAACAGACAGUGGUACUGGAGUUGCCCAUUCUAUAAUCAGAUAGAGGUCCCAUUUUAAAAAAGAUACAUCUUUUAUUUAAAACAGUGCACCAAAUCUGAAUUUCCAUGAUUUCAAAAUGAAGUUGAUUGUAGUACAGAUUGCUGUAGGUUUUGUCCCCUCCUAUUUUCUUCUUUGUUCAGGCUCAUUCUUAUGUUUUGUAUUCAUAGUCACAAUAUCCAGUAAAAAGAGGUUCUGCAGAUAUUCCCCGUCUAUAGAACAAAGUAUGAAUUAGGUUUUAGAUUGAUAUAAAUGCAUCUUAAGAAUAAACUAAGUUCUUGGAGAGCCUGAGUGGGGGAGCGGCAAAGGGAGACCGAGGAUCUGAAGCUGGCUUUGUGCUGACGACAGAGAGCCCAGCGUUGGGCUCGAAAUCAUGCACCGUGAGACUGUGAAGUCGGUGUACUUAACCAACUGAGCCACCCAGGUGCCUCUUAAAGAAAAAGUUCAAAUAAUCUUUUCUCCUUUUGGGCAUAAUUCUGUUUCGUACAAAAAUCAAUUCCCAGUUUCUAAGUAAAUCACUACUUGUUAGGUGACAUACAGUUCUUUUUAUAGAAAACAAAGUUAAUCAUCCUGGACUUGGUAAUGUCCUAACUUUCAAAAUGCCGUACCUGACCAUUCUGCAGCGGUGAACUGUCAGUCUGUUGUAGGCAUCCCCUACACUUGUGAUGUCUUCUGGACUCCAGAGUCUUUCACCAACGGCACUUGCCCGAGGCCUGUAAGUUAAAUCACAUGUCCCCCAAAGCAGUUUAAAUUUAUGUGUUCUGAAAUUUCUAGUACUUCCCUACUUGGAUGGAGAAGGAAAAAUAAGGCACUUUAAUUCAAAUUUAUCACUUAAAAUUCCAUACCAUAAUCUCGGAGUAAGGUUAGUUGCAUCCACAAAUUCUCCCCACAGACAAGCUUCUCCACCAAUGACAAGUUUUUUCUGUUCUUGAGAACCUACAUUAAAAUCAUUGAAUGGCUGUAAAUGAAGUAGUUGCAGCUCCAACCUCUGACAGAGGCAAUUACUGGUCCCCUGGUCAGUUCAUGGUUUUGGCACAAAAAGAGCAAACUUAAUUCCCACAAUGCUUGUUAGCAUAUUUCUACAAAUUGGUAUCUUCAGUACUAGCACACCACUUUAUUUUGGUUUUGUGCAAGCUGCUUUGGGUUCAGGAACCAUUAUUCCCUUGGUUGCCUAAGAAGAGUGUGCCAGGAAUUCAAGUCGGAAUACUCAUAACUACUGCUCACUCCUGCCUUCAAUAUCUACCUCGUGGUACUAAAAAAGACUAAGUACCCAAUUGAUAUUACAUUAUGUCAAUUCCUAACAGACUUACAUACUGAUUCGAAACUUUUUUUUUUUUCUUUAAGGAAAUUUUAAAAACUGGACAAAGUAGAAGUGUUCUUAAGGAAGGGGGUCUGAGAGCCUAAAGCUCCACCCCCUUCCUAAGACUACACAGCCUGAAAUACAGGGAACUAGACUACAGCCUUCCUUAAGUGUCUUAACAAUUGGAAAGGCCAGUCAGUCAAAAGCAGAGAUACAAGGUUAAUGCGGACAAGCGUCUUUAAAAUGUAAGGUAACAAUGCGCAGCAGUGGAAACGGAGAUAAAGGAACCUACUUUUGAAGUUCUUUUAUUCAGGCAAGGAUAUGGUUUCUUUCACAAAUUUUAAGAUGUAUUGCGGGCCUUUUUUUUUUUUUUCAAGUAAACAAUAUCAGGACCAAACAUAAAAGGGACGAUAGUGAGUAGGUAAUAUCUGGAUGAAAAUUUCCCAGUGGAAGAUUAAGGGAAGAAAA